ACGUGGGGCCGCGGGCGAUGCGGAUAUAUAAACGGGGGGCGCACCGGGUUCGGCAGUAGUGCACCUCAAGUGUCCCCCCAAAAAGUAACAUACGACGAAGAUGAGAUUUUUCGUGGCGAUUUCGGCACUCUUGGCAGUAGCGGCAGCUAGGCCAGAGGCAGGAUUCAGCAGCAGCUACAGCGCCCCGCCGAGCGGCCCCAGCGGCGGCAGCUACGGCCCACCACCUCAAUACGGUCCACCGGCUCAACCACCGUCAGUCCACAAGCACGUCUACGUCCACGUACCGCCACCAGAGCCCGAGUACCAGGCACCCAGAAAACCCAUCCAGGUAGCGGCACCCCAAAAGCACUACAAAAUCAUAUUCAUCAAGGCGCCAACCGCCCCAACUCCGACCGCCCCCGAAAUCCCAGUCCAGCCGCAGAACGAGGAGAAGACCCUGGUCUACGUGUUGGUUAAGAAGCCGGAAGAACAGCCGGACAUUGUCAUCCCGACACCAGCACCAACUCAGCCAAGCAAGCCGGAGGUCUACUUCAUCAGAUACAAGACACAAAAACAAGAAGGUUACCCAGACUCCGGAGUACCCCAGAACAAGUACGGUGCCCCAGCUCCAGGUGGCUCAGGCGACUACGCACCGCCAAACACAGGCUCCGGACCUUACUAAGAACGAACUGGUCUUGCUUUGACCCUUGUACAUAAAUAACUCAUGUAUGCAUACCUCCAAAUAUGCCAGUAUCAUAUACAAAUAUUUUAUUGUGAUUUUUAAAACUAGGUGACAAAUGUAUUGAGUAAGUUAUUUUUUUAAUGCUGUUAGUCAUUAUGAAGUUGCAGUUAAUCUUGUAUAUAAAUAGGUUUAAGGCCUGCAAAGCUUUAUACAACUAGUGUUUAAGGAUUGUCUUUUUUUUUGUACCUAUUCUUAGUAUUUUUUUAUACUUGUUUUAUACGAAUGAUUAGCAGAUAAUAGAAAAUAUUUCUA